UCACACUGCUCCUCCACUUUUCUUACUUAGUCUUAUAAUUUUCACCUCCAAAAACCCUUUUAUAAACCACCAAAACAAAUCUUUUUCAAUCAACAGAGACAUAUCGAUAUUUCUUCUGCGACAUGAAGUACUUCUGCGCAAUAUUCGUGUUGCUCAUUGUUCUUGGAUUCAAUGCGAUCAACGGCUAUAAUUGCAAGAUCGUCCAGUUUAUAUUUGGAGAUUCAUUGUCUGAUGUAGGCAACAAUAGGAACUUACCGAGGAGUUUAGCGCAGGCGAAUCUUCCCUUUUACGGUAUUGAUUUUGGCAAUGGUUUGCCUAAUGGAAGGUUCACCAACGGCCGCACUGUUUCAGACAUCAUAGGUGAUAAAAUUGGGUUGCCAAGACCAGUAGCCUUCUUGGAUCCAUCAAUGAAUGAAGAUGUAAUACUUGAAAAUGGAGUGAACUAUGCUUCAGGAGGUGGUGGAAUCUUGAAUGAAACUGGUGGUUAUUUCAUACAAAGAUUCUCGCUGUGGAAGCAAAUAGAAUUGUUCCAAGGGACACAAGAUGUAAUUGUGGCAAAGAUAGGGAAAAAAGAAGCAGACAAAUUCUUCCAACAAGCUGGAUACGUCGUCGCUUUAGGCAGCAAUGACUUCAUCAACAACUACUUGAUGCCUGUCUAUAGCGAUUCUUGGAAGUACAAUGACCAAACAUUCGUCGACUACUUAAUGGAAACACUUGAGUCUCAACUCAGGGUGUUGCAUAGCUUGGGAGCGAGGAAGCUAAUGGUGUUUGGGUUAGGACCAAUGGGUUGUAUCCCACUCCAAAGAGCUCUAAGCCUCGAUGGUAAAUGUCAGAACAAAGCAAGCAGUCUUGCUGUGAGAUUCAACAAAGCUGCCACUAAAAUGCUCUUAGAUCUCGAAACCAAGCUCCCUAAUGCAAGCUACAAGUUUGGUGAAGCCUAUGACCUCGUCAACGACGUCAUCACUAACCCCCAAAAAUACGGAUUUGAUAACUCGGAUUCGCCGUGUUGCUCGUUCUACAAAAUCCGGCCGGCGCUGACGUGUAUUCCGGCGUCGACAUUGUGUAAAGACAGAAGUAAGUAUGUGUUUUGGGACGAGUAUCAUCCUACAGAUAAGGCUAACGAGCUCGUUGCUAAUAUUCUCAUCAAGAGGUUCGACUUCAUGCGUGUUAAAGACGGUACCAGCGAAGCUCCUUCUCCGUCGCCGGAUCUUGCUCCUUCUCCAGACAAUAACUAACUGAUCGAAUGUCUUAAUUAUAUAUGUUAUGAUUCGGUUUCUGUAUAUUGUUGUUGAUCAUGUUGUGGACAGUUUCGUUUUGUCCUUCAUUUUAAUUACCUUUUUUGGUUUGGGAGAAAUAAUGUUUUACAUUUUCUGUAUUUUUUCUUGCUCUGUUGUAUUGGUUUAUUCCAGAAUUCUUCUUAUAAUAGUAAGAUAUCAUCAUCAUGUUUGAGGUGGUUGUGUCCUCC